AUGCCACCGUUACUCCUAAAAUUAUUGAUGCUUCUGCAUGUUAUAUUUGACGUCACCUUCACUUUAUUCUCACUCGGAUUCUAUUCACCCGGAUGGAAUUUCAACUUGAAUGACAUCUCCAAAACCUUCCAUUUUGCUCAUUAUUCAUAUUGGACAUCUCCAUUGGACUACGUUGUGUUAUGUCUGUUGCGUCAAGUGUCUCUACUCAUUGCAAUUAUAAUUAUUACUCGUGGAAAAUCAAAGAAAUUGAAAAAAUGGAUGUUGGUGUACGAUAUUCUCGGAAUUCUCGGAUACAUGGUAGCUGUUGUGAAACUGUUAGCAUUCGAUGAGACCGCUGAAAUCAUGAAAUAUCCAGGUGUCUUUAUGAGCACUGGGUCUGCAGUUUUCCUGACGUUUUCUCUUCCAUUUGCUAUUCGACAGACAUUAUUGACUAAAGACAGCGAAGAGGAAGGUUAUGAGAGGUUGCAAAAUGAAAAUCAGGAGAACGCAAGUGUAGAAAAUGGUACUGCUACCACCUCUAGUGGCACAUCCAAUGCCCCCACAUCUGCCACUACAUCUUCUGAAUCUACUGACGACAAAGAAGAAGAAGAUGCAGUUUCAAAAGAAGAAAAAGAGAAACGUCUUCCGUUGUCAAAACAUCUCUGGCAGAUUGUCAAGUUGUGUGGAAAACAAUGGAAGUGGUUCACGGCUGCAUACUCGCUUUUGCUGAUUGAUUGUAUUUUGAACCUUAUCGAACCAGCCUUGUACAGUCAAAUGAUGUCCACAGCCAUCCAAAUGAAAUCUUUUGAUAUCCUCAAAAAAGCUUGCCUCAUCCUAGCGAUUGUCCAAUUCUCGGAAGCCACGUGUAACACUGUCAGAUACAUUUGCAUGCAGUACGCAGAACGACUGACUGCUCGUAAUAUUCGUGUCGGCCUAUUCCGUGCAAUUCUUCAUCAGGAUAUCUCUUUUUUUGAUGAAAACAAAACGGGGCAACUCAUGUCCAGAAUUACUCAUGACUCUGAAUCGAUUUCCAACUCUCUUCCGGUUUAUAUCGAAACCACCACCAAUAACCUUUUCAUGUUGUUUGGAUCCGCUCCGAUCAUGUUCUAUUACUCAUGGCAGCUGUCCAUCAGUACAUUUAUCACAUUCCCAAUUACUCUUCUCAUGACAAAAUAUUACGGAUUGUUUGUUGAGAAGUUGUCUGAAAAGGAGAACGACGCGACUGCAGUAUCCAAUGAGACUGUCGAAGAAGUGUUGUCAGCCAUCCGAACUGUUCGAUCAUUUGCCGCAGAGAAGAUGGAGCACAUGAGAUAUACCAAAAAUACGGAUGCCUGGUUUAAGAUCAGUAUCAAGAGCGUCGUCGUUGGUACCUUCUACAAUUACUUCUGGGCCACCAUGUGGAAUAUCGAAGAUGUUGUUAUUUAUUUGUACGGUGGAUACUUGACAUUGAAUGGACGAAUGGCUCCAGAAGCACUUCUCACUUAUGUCUUCUAUCAUUGGAGACUUCAUGCUGCACUCAAUGCAUUCAGUUCUCUCUUUUCUGAUGUCAUGAAGACUAUCGGAUCCUCCAGAAAAGUCAUUCAUAUCAUGAAUCGCCAUCCUGAACUCGACUACGAAAUCGGAACAGAGACUCCAGAAGUCGUCGGUAACAUCAUCUUUGAAGACGUGGAGUUUGCAUACCCCACAAGGAAAACUGCCAACGUUUUGAAUGGAAUCAGUUUGUCGUGUGAACCAGGGAAAACGAUUGCAUUGGUUGGACCGAGUGGAAACGGAAAGUCUACACUUGUCUCCUUGAUUCAACAGUUCUAUGCUCCACAAUCUGGAAGAAUUCUUCUCGAUGGAACACCAAUUCACAAUAUUGAUCAUCAUCAUUACCACACUAAAAUCGCCCUCGUUGCCCAAGAACCAACUCUAUUUUCUGGAACAAUCCGUGAGAAUAUCCUAUAUGGAAUAGAGAAUGGAACAGAUGAAGACAUGAUGAGAGUGUCUGAAAUGGCAAAUGUUCACGAAUUUGUGUCGAAGAUGGAGAAGGGAUACGACACAAAAUGUGGAGAGAAGGGAGUCCAGAUGUCCGGAGGGCAGAAGCAGCGUAUCGCCAUUGCCCGAGCACUCAUCCGUAAUCCACGUGUUCUAAUUCUCGACGAAGCCACGUCAGCAUUAGACUCAGAAUCCGAGUCAAUGGUUCAAGAAGCGUUGAAUCGAUGUGCCCGUGAACGAACUGUCGUAGUGAUUGCUCAUCGUCUCUCAACAGUGAGAAGUGCCGAUCGAAUUGCUGUAAUUGAGAAGGGAAAUGUGACAGAAAUGGGGAAUCACGAGGAGUUGAUGAAGAAUCCAGAUGGUCUCUAUUACAAAUUGGUCAGCAAACAAUUGGCACCGAUGGAGCUGAAAAAGGUGGAAGAGGAGAAGCCUAUUGUUGAUUUCUUCUAA